AUGUUUGAGCUUCUCAUCCGUGUGAUGAUGAUCAAGAUGCUGAGUUCUGCUCUCGUACUUCUCCUCGCUCUGCAAGUGCUCACCUUGGCUCAAGUUAAGCUUGUGGUGGGCCAAGACCAGGAUCAUAUCAGCCUACCAGAGCUCAGUGAUGUCUGCACCGAGGGCAGCUGUUACCCUGCAACAGGAGAUCUUCUAAUUGGGCGAGCGCACCAACUUUCGUCAACCUCAACCUGCGGACUAACUCAUCCUGAACCAUUCUGCAUUGUCAGCCAUCUGCAGGAGGAAAAAAAAUGUUUCAUGUGUGACUCAGCGACCCCCUACAGUGAACCAACCAAUCAGACGGGAAGCCAUCGCAUUGAGAAUGUUGUAACCACAUUUGCGCCAAACAGACUGAAGACCUGGUGGCAAUCUGAGAAUGGUAUGGAAAAUGUCACAAUCCAGCUUAACCUGGAGGCAGAAUUUCACUUCACCCAUCUCAUCAUGACCUUCAAAACGUUUCGUCCUGCUGCCAUGGUGAUCGAGCGCUCGGCCGACUUUGGGGAAACCUGGAGGGUUUAUCGCUACUUUGCCUAUGAUUGUGAAACAUCCUUCCCUGACGUUUCUGCGGGUCCCAUGAAGAAGGUUGACGAUGUCAUUUGUGACUCACGUUAUUCUGACAUUGAGCCAUCUACUGAGGGAGAGGUCAUUUUCAGAGUUUUGGACCCAGCUUUCCGGAUCCAUGACCCAUAUAGCUCUCGAAUCCAGAAUAUGCUUAAAAUCACCAAUCUAAGGGUGAAGUUUACCAAACUUCACACACUUGGGGACAACCUGCUUGACUCUCGUAUGGAGAUUAAAGAAAAGUAUUACUAUGCAGUCUAUGACAUGGUGGUGCGAGGAAACUGCUUCUGCUACGGACAUGCCUCAGAGUGUGCACCCGUCCAAGAAAUUGGCUCUGUUCGGGAGGGCAUGGUUCAUGGUCACUGCAUGUGUAAUCAUAAUACCAAAGGACUGAAUUGUGAACAGUGUCAAGAUUUCUACCACGACUUACCAUGGAGACCAGCUGAGGGACGUCAUACCAAUGCCUGCAAAAGGUGUAACUGCAACCAGCAUGCGGAUUCAUGUCACUUUGACAUGGCUGUCUACGUGGCUUCAGGAAAUGUAAGUGGUGGUAUGUGCGAUGACUGUCAACACAAUACAGCUGGAUACAACUGUGAGCAGUGCAAACCAUUCUACUUCCAACACCCAGAGAGAGAUGUUAGAGAUCCAAACAUCUGUGAGCGAUGCAAUUGUGACCCUGUAGGUUCUCUGAAUGGAGGAAUCUGUGAUGGGAGGACAGACAUUAGAGUAGGUCUUAUUUCUGGUCAAUGCCGCUGCAAAGUCAAUGUGGUGGGAGAACGCUGUGACCAAUGCAAACAGGCAUAUUACGGGCUUUCUGAUACCGCAGAAGGAUGCAAAGCCUGCACUUGUAACCUUCUGGGAACAGUUCCUAAUGGGAGCCCGUGUGACAGUGAGACAGGAAACUGCUUCUGCAAACGACUCGUGAUUGGAAAGGACUGUGACCAAUGUGUGUCUGAACACUGGGGUCUCAGCAACGAUAUGGAUGGAUGCAGACCAUGUGACUGUGACCUGGGGGGAGCAAUCAACAACCAGUGUAAUCAGCUGACUGGUCAGUGUGUCUGCAGCGAUCACAUGUUCGGACGUCGCUGUGAUCAAGUUGAAUCUGGAUUUUACUUCAUUGCUCUGGACCACUACACUUAUGAGGCAGAGGAUGCCAAGUUAGGACCUGGUGUAACGGUGGUUUCAAGGCCCCACCCGCAGGAUCAUAGUCCCACCUGGACAGGUUUUGGCCUGGUCAAUGUCCCAGAAGGAGCUUUCCUUGAAUUCACUAUUGACAACAUUCCGUACUCAAUGGAGUAUGACAUUCUCAUCCGUUAUGAGCCUCAGUUGCCUGACCAGUGGGAGGAGGUUCUGAUGAGUGUGACAAGAGAGACACCUAUCAAAGCAGACAGCAGAUGUAUAAACACUGUGCCAGAUGACGACCACCAAAUGAUUUCACUUCACCCUGGGUCACGACAUAUGGCUUUUCCAAGGCCGGUUUGUUUUGAAUCGGGUCUGAACUACACCAUCCGCCUCAGUCUGCCAUUGUAUUCAGCCCUGAGUGAUGUUCAGUCUCCGUACACACUCAUUGAUUCGAUUGUGCUGAUGCCUCACUGUAAGAAUUUGGACCUGUUCACCACAUUAGAAGGAGGGGAAGCUGGUGAAAACCGUGGAUGGGAAACUUUUCAACGCUAUCGUUGUCUGGAGAAUAGCCAGAGUGUUAUUAAAACACAGAUGACCGAAAUUUGCCAAAAUUUAAUUUUUAGCAUUUCUGCUCUUCUACACCAGGGAGCCAAAGAAUGUCAAUGUGACCCACAAGGAUCUCUUAGUACAGUCUGCAAUGUGAGUGGAGGACAAUGUCAAUGUCGACCUCAUGUUGUCGGCAGAAACUGUGACAGGUGCGCUCCUGCGACUUUCCAGUUUGGACCAAGUGGCUGCAAAGAAUGCAACUGUGAUGCUCAGGGUUCUGAGAGCCCUCUUUGCGACCAGGUCACUGGUCAGUGUGUGUGCGUUCCGGGAGUGUAUGGACGUCAGUGCAAUCGCUGUCUACCAGGCUAUUGGAGUUUCCCUUCAUGCCGUCCAUGUUCGUGUAAUGGACACACGGAAGACUGCGAUCCUCACACUGGACAGUGUCUCAACUGCAGGGAUUACAGCACAGGGCACAACUGUGACAGAUGCAUGGAUGGUUACUAUGGUGACCUGACGCUGAACUCUGGUGAUCACUGUCGCCCAUGUAUGUGUCCUGAUGGUCCUGGUAGCCUGCGGCAGUUUGCAGGAAGUUGUUUCCGUGGUGAUGAUUCUCAACAAGCUACAUGUGUCUGUAACACUGGAUACAAGGGUACCCGCUGUAGUGAGUGUUCCCCCGGUUACUACGGAAACCCUCAUGAAAAGGGGGGGUCGUGCCAACCUUGUCAGUGCAACAACAACAUUGAUAUGUUGGACCCACAAUCCUGCAAAGCUCAAACGGGUGAAUGUCUGCACUGCCUUUACCACAGCGAGGGGCAUUCCUGUGAAAAUUGCAUGAUGGGUUAUUAUGGCAACGCCCUACAGCAAGACUGCAGGAAGUGUGUUUGUAAUCAACUGGGGACUGAUGAAGCCAGCUGUCCAUCAUCAGACGAUUGUCACUGUGAUCGCAGCAGUGGUCAGUGUCAUUGUCUUCCUAAUGUGAUUGGCCAGCACUGUGGUCGUUGCGCACCUGACACCUGGAACAUUGCAAGCCGUAAGGGCUGUCAGGCCUGUGACUGUGACACCAAACAUUCGUAUGGGACCUCGUGCAAUGAGAUCAGUGGUCAAUGUUCAUGUGUGUCAGGCUUUGGAGGCAGGACAUGCAGUGAGUGUCGAGAGCUGUUCUGGGGAGACCCAGAGGUCAAAUGUCACGAGUGUGACUGUGAACCGAAUGGCAUCACUCAGGCACAAUGCAACAAAGACAACGGUCACUGCAUUUGUAAAGAAGGAGUGUCUGGUCCACGUUGUGAUACCUGUUCCCGUGGUUUCUCUGGUACCUUCCCCGACUGCCACCGCUGUCACCAAUGCUUUGCUGAGUGGGAUGCCGUUAUUGGGCAAUUAACAAAUCAGACACACCGCCUUGCCAACAAGGUAAAUGCUAUCAAAACUACUGGAGUCAGUGGGCCCUACAAAAAGUCUAUUGACACUAUGGAAAGAAGUGCAUCAGACAUCCAUGCAAUCCUAACCCAAAACCCAGCCUCACAACCUCUAAGCGAGAUCCAACAGCUUUUACAGGAAGCCAGUGACUUGAUGGAGUCACUAAACCAGUCACUGAACCACACAGAAAAGAUUCUAAUCAAUGUACAAGAGGACGACAACAGCGUGGAGAGUAAACUAAAAUUGCUGAUGGCAGAUGGCCAGAAACUUGAGCAGACCGUUAAUGACAUUCUGGAUCAGGUUGAGUUAAUCAGGAACUCUGACGUCAGAGGGGCCGCCAGCAGUGUUACAAAGUACUUCAUGCAGUCUCAGAGGGCUGAAGAACGAGCAAAUGCAUCCACCAUUGACCCCAACAGCCCUGUGGCAAACUCUGCUAAUCUACGGCAACUCACGGAGGAUAAAAUAAACCAAACCAAAGAUGAGUUCCUCAGGAGACACACUGAGCAUGCACAAAAACUCGAUGACCUGGCGGGCCAAAUCCAGACGCUGGACCUGACAGAACUCAGCCACAAGACAUGCGGGAAUCCAACAGGACAGGACUCAUGUUCCUCUCCCUGUGGGGGAUUGGGAUGUGUAAAUGCGGACGGUGGCCCCUUGUGUGGCGGGGAAGCAUGUGAUGGUGUGUUGACAAAGGUUCAUUCCAGCUGGCAGAAAGCUUUUGACUCUCAACAGGAUAUAUUGAAUGCCAUGGAGGAAGUGGAUAAACUUGCUAAAAUGGUGUUUGAGGCAAAGCAAAAGGCAGAUGAAGCAAAAAUCAGUGCCCACAAUGUUCUUUUGAAGUCUAACAGGACCAAACAGUACAUUGACCGGAGCAAUGAGGAGCUAAGGACACUUAUUCGAGAGAUUCGAGACUUUCUCACAGAGGAUGGGGCAGAUUUGGAGAGUAUUGAAAAGGUUGCUAAUGAGGUGCUAGCCAUGCAGAUGCCAACCACACAAGAACAGCUACAGAACCUUACAAAUGAAAUUCGUGAGAAGGUGGGAGAACUGGGCAAUGUCGAAACUAUCCUUCAGCAGAGCACGGACGACAUCCAGAGAGCUGAAAGUCUACUGGAACAAGCUCGUCAAACUAGUCAGGGGGCAAAUGAUGUGAAGGACUCUGCUGAAAGAGUCAAAAUGGCUCUGGAUGAAGCUCAGAGAGCUCAGACAGCUGCCAACAGUGCGAUUCUGCAGGCGACCGAUGAUAUCAAGAGCACCAACAAGCUGCUGCUCUCGGUGAAGUCAGAUACAUCAGAUGUAGAAGUAAAAUUGGACAAUGCCACAAAGCAGCUGCAGCAGCUGGAUGAGGAUAUGAUACUGCUGAGAGACCGAACCCUGAAUGCCACACUGAGCAGUGAGCGCACCAUUCAGGAUGCCACAAGCAUAAGACAAAUGGUCAAAGAGGUUAAAAGGUCCAUGGACUCUGAAGUGAAAGACAAGUACUCGACUGUACAGCAACUAAUUGACCAAAAAGGUGGUGCUGUGGCUGAUGCAAAGAAAAGGGCUGAGUUACUGCAGCAGGAAGCCAAGGAACUGCUGUUGCAGGCCAGUGACAAGCUUCAGAUUCUUAAAGAGUUAGAAAAGUCAUUUGAUGACAACCAUCAUGCCCUAGAGGUGAAGGCGGAGCAGCUGGUGGAGCUAGAGGCAUCCGUUAAGGAGCUGCUGCAGCAGAUAAGCCACAAAGUCACAUUGUACAGCACCUGCUUAUUCUAA